UCCCACGUGGAACUUUUCCGCUGGCCUCGUUCAAUCCCCAUAGAGAAUUCCGAUAUCUCAAGGAAACUUUUGUCCGGACUCCCAUCCGACCACCACCAGGAUGGCGGCGGCGGCGGGCGACGGAGAAGUGCCUCAAGCGGACGAAAAAUGCACCUGCACUUCACCGGACGAGACCUGCUCGAUUUGCAGGAGGAAGUCGUCGAGCCUGCCGUCGUCCUCGUCGUCUUGCUCUCUGUUGAGCUUCGAUUCUUAUCCAGUUGAGGACUAUGAUAGGCUCUGGAGAAUCUUCACCGCUUCUGUUAAAGGUUUCACUAUUGGCGCUGGCCUUAAAGGUGGCCUCGGUCUCUUCGCCAUCCUCGCUCGUCUCCGUCGGCGACGAUCUUUACCUUCCGCCAGGAAGAUGGAAAUGGUUUCGAGCAGUGAAGAUGUAAUUUUGGCUGUGAAGGAGACCAUGAGAUAUGGAUUAUUUCUUGGGACUUUUGCGGGUACAUUUGUGUCAGUGGACGAGAUUGUUACCGCUCUUGGUGGUCACCGGAGGACAGCAAAUUGGAGGGCGUUGCUCGCAGGGGCAAUUGCAGGGCCUUCAAUACUACUGACGGGAUACAAGACACAGCAUACAAGUUUGGCUAUUUAUAUACUGAUGCGUGCUGCUGUAUUGGCAUCACGUUGUGGAAUCAAAAGCAAACGUUUUGGCCGCAUUUGUAAACCCCUAACAUGGGCACAUGGAGACAUUUUUCUUAUGUGUCUUUCCUCUUCACAGAUUUUGUCUGCUUACAUAUUGAAGCAAGAGAGCCUGCCCUCAUCUUAUAAAUCCUUUCUGAACAAACAUGGGGGAAAGGAUGCUGUUAUCCUCCAAGGAGUUAGAGAUAUUGCAUGUGGCCUCCCUUUCUCAAAUCUGGAUGCCAUAGAAAAGCAUUACAAGUCAACUGGUAUUGACAUCACAUUGGAUCCCAAAAUGAAAGUUCCUUGCUCGAUAGUACAUGGUAAACAAGCAUGUGAAGCGCAUUUUGUUUCAUUUCUUUUACAAGCCUAUAAAAGAGCACUACCCGUGUAUCUUCCAGUCUAUCUAUUUCCUGCAUUGAUAGUGCAUCGCCAAGGCCUCCUGAAGAGACCUUUUUCAAUAUUGGCAAGAGGCCUCCUUGGUACUUUCAGAUCAAGCUUGUUUCUCUCGAUGUAUUGUGCAUCUGCAUGGAUGUGGACAUGCCUACUCUUCAGGCUUCUCAAAAGAUGCAAUGUUCCUAUGGUGGCGAUGGGAACGUUUCCUACCGGUCUGGCGUUGGCAAUUGAGAAAAAGAGCAGGCGGAUAGAGAUAGCACUAUAUUGCAUGGCGAGGGCCAUUGAAAGUUUCUUCACAUGCAUGGCUGAUGUAGGAUAUUUGCCUCAGUCGAAGAAAUUGAAGAGAGCUGAUGUAGUUGUUUUCAGUAUCUCAACAGCUAUAAUCAUGCACUGCUAUGCAGUAGAGAGGGAUGUUUUUCGAUCAAAGUAUUUGAAUGUUCUUGAUUGGGUGUUUGGUGUUCCUCUUCCUCCCUAUGAAACUACUCCACGUAAGAAGAGGUGACCGGGGGAAUGCAGCGCGGGCAUAUUAAGUUGUUCAAUUUUAUUGAUCUCCAUUUCUCUCCUCAGAUUAAGCAGGCUGACGUUUGUAUUAGAAUUAUUUUACAGCAGUCUGGAGCUCUUUGUUGAUACAGAAUACCUCUACCAAGAAAAAACUGCCCAGGCUUGUUAGAUUAUUUUCACCGAAAGGUUUGCUAGAUUAUUUUCACCAGCCGUUUCCUUGAUCACUUUGUAUUCCUUCAUCCUUAUUGUUGCUCGUCCGUUGAACAAUCUGUAUUAUUUUUCAAAGGAAAACCUCAAUCUUUAUGACAGUCAGAGUUGCUACAAAAUAUGCUGCAAUC